AUGUUAUAUAUUUUGAUUGUUACAGUUAUUUUAUCUUUUGUGAUUAUAUUUUGGUCUUAUAAUCUAUAUCUCAGUUCUUCUGAUUUAGAAAAAACUAUCAAGAAUAUAAAGGAUAUAGAAAAAACUAUUAAUACAAAAGACGAAAAGAUAAAUAUGUUACAGCAUUAUUUUUAUUUUAGAUUAGUGGUUGCUAUAAUAAAGACUCAUAACGAAUAUGUCUGUCUCUUUAAUGAAAAGACUGAAGAAGACAAAGAAGAAAGUGAAAAGAUAAUACAAUUAUACGCUGUUAUUAGUGACUUUCUCAAGAUAGCUAACGAGAGGAAAAAUAAGAAAAUUCCAUUUCUUUCAAAUGAAUUUUAA